UACUACAACAAAAAGAUAUAGAGAGGUUCAAGCUCAGCGGAGACUCACCAUAAGGAAGGAAAGCCAAAGUUGUGGAUGCCUAAUCAUGGAGUUAUCAGAAGCUUUUGUCAUUGAGGUAAAUGAAGAAACUACCAUGGCAAAGAAGAAAACUUUUGGCCGUCUAACAGAGGAAGGUAACACCGUGAGGAACAAGAAAUCCUUUUUGGGCAAUGGGGCUCACUCAUGCCCUCAAACCCUUUUUGCCACCACUAGGGCUUAG